UUGUAGUUGCCAACUACAGGACUGCCAGGCAGUUCAGUGGAUAAGUAUUCUGUAUAUGGGCGCCAACGCGUCGCGACGCGUAAUUUGCAAUACAUCAACUUUGUUGACGCUUGAGCUUGAGCUCAAACCAUAACGAUCAGGCCUGACUGCCGAUUCAUAUUCCUCCACAUACCUGCUUUGCUUGGAUACAGAAAGAUUUACUGAUUGGAAACCAAUGUCUAGUUCAGUCACCGUUUUCGUCACUUCGCCCGAUACCCGAUCGGAGAGGCGCUUUGACCUGCACACGAGUGUUGGCCAACUUAAGAAUAAGCUUGAGUUAAUCACUGGAAUCCCUGUGCAGAACCAGAGGAUUGAGUUGCUGAAUAGCGAACAAGAGACAGAUCCUCUCGUCGUAUUGGAUGAUGAAUCGAAGCUGCUUGGGUUUUAUGGCGUGAGAGACUUUCAAGUGCUGAGGGUUGUCGACACGAACCCGUCCAUAUCGUUCACUGGACAACUGACUGACCUCUCGCAAGUGGAGAAAUUCGAGCUUUCCGAGGAUGAUUAUGCUCAACGACGAGAUACUGUACUGGCUUACAAGCAACGAAACAAGAUAGGACGAUUUGCUGAAAAAGAAGCCGAAAUUGAGAAGCCGCUGCCAAAGAUUGAUAUCCCCAUCGGUGCACGAUGCGAGGUCGAGACGAGCGAAACAGACCUUCAUAAGCGCGGUACAGUGCGCUUUGUUGGUCCGACGAAGUUCGGGAACGGGGAAGGUAUAUGGGUGGGGAUUGAGUAUGACGAGCCUAUGGGCAAGAACGAUGGCUCUGUUCAAGGAGUCCGUUAUUUCGAAUGCAAACCCAAUUUUGGGGUUUUCAUUCGUCCAGACCGGUUGAAGGUAGGCGAUUACCCAGUGGAGGAAAUCGACUUUGACGAUGAGGAAAUGUGAUUAUACCUCUGCUGGGUCGGUCUUCAAUUCAGCGGGCGCUUGUACUUUUCGCAUCGUUGUAUUAUACCCUGAAUGUGAUACCUCUUCUUUGGUACUUUGGAAUUUUGAUUUGUAUGCUACAGUAAGUGUCCCCCAU